GAGCGGCGCUGCCUGUUACAAACUUGAAGGCAGCUGUCGGCUGCGCGUCAUUCACUCUGCGAGCGUGAAGCCGAGAUUGAGCGUCCAAAGACUUAAGAGCGAUGUUACCUUCGCAGCCGUGCCUGGCCAAAGGGAUCUAUGCAUUUCGCAUCUCUUAACUUUUGGCACGCGUUAAGCCAAUGCUGUAACUUCUUUUCCCCGGUGGAUAUCAUGAAACAAGCAGCCGCCGCUGCGGAGAUGCCAGCUUGCAAGGAGAGCCCGUCCGUGCGGGACAGGAGGGAGAGCGACGUGAGAUCCCGAGAGAGGAUGGAAGGAGACCUGGAUCGGCUCCGGACGCGGGAGAGACUGGAAGCGACGCUUGCGGGACUGGGGGAACUGGAGUACCUGAGACAGAGGCAGGAGUUGCUGGUCAGGAGCGUGUUAAGUCACCGGGAGAUAUCUGCGAUUACCGGGGAUGAUAAAGUCAGCGCCGGAGCUUUGGAGGACAACUACUUGAGCUCAGAGGAGAAGCUCUUGGAGGAGAACAUACAGUUGCUGAAACAGCAGUUGAAUUGUUUGAGACGGAGGGAUGCUGGGCUGAUCAGUCAGCUGCAGGAACUGGACAGACAGAUCAGUGACCUCCGAUUGGACAACGAGAAGGUGUCACAUGACCACGUGGAGACUGACAGCCGGCCGAGCUCAGGCUUUUACGAGCUGAGUGAUGGGGCUUCUGGGUCUCUGUCCAACUCCUCCAACUCGGUCUUCAGCGAAUGUUUGUCCAGCUGCCAGUCGAGCAGCUGCUUCUGCAGCCCCCUAGAAUCUUCCCUGGGUGUCUCAGAGGGACGGCCCAAGUCUGCAGAUGGCUUGAUGGAAUGUGUGGAAUGCAAAGGCCAGGGUGACGACCAGAGCUCCGUAGUGGCCAGUAGGUCCUGCUCUGCUUCCUACCCACCUUCUGCCGACGGCACCUCUGACAACCAGUCCAAGUACCACUGCGACCUGGUGGCUAAGAACGGGAGUGAUGUGUACCGCUACCCCAGCCCUCUUCACGCCGUGGCCGUACAAAGCCCCAUGUUCUUCCAGUCUCUCAUAAACCACUUGAAGGAAGAGAGUGUCCCACCGAAAGGUGGUGAGCCUUUGAGCGACGCCUUAAAACCGGAGCAGCCUUUGGUGUCCCAGAGUACCUCUUGGCCGUCCUCCUAUGGACCCACCAACAAAAGACUGGAUAAUUACAUCUUCGGCUUACUCCAGAGGCGCACCCAGCCCAUGAGGACCAGUAAGCCACGCACAAGCAUAAACACAGACCCCUCCAAGAGCAUCUUGAGGCAAGGUAGCCUCUGUGUACGGCAGGCCGCUGGCCCAUCGCAAGGGAAAACUCCUGACCCCAAAACAACCUGGCAGGGAAGCGUGCAUCCCGGUUCUGUGAACAGUGUGGAUGUUGGUGCAGGGUCUCCUCUGAAACAAUGGGUGUUGGAAACCCGGGCUGAAGUUCCAGAGAAUGGAAAGUGUCACAUCCAGGGCCUGCCUCCUAAUGAACAUUUGACCAAUGGCAAUGGUGACGUUCAUACGAACAGCCUCUCAAAAAAGAUGGUUCUAAAUAAAGGCCCUUCAUUAAGCUCUAAGAAUUACCACGAGCCAAGUAGCACUCAUGCAGUUUCCUCGCCUAAAGACAACCGGUACGCUUACCUUCUGUCACAUGAGGAUAAUAAAGCCCCACAGACGGUGAAGGUGUGCACUCCAAAGAAAUGCACCAAAUCCCCCCCGGCUGUGUUGUGUGCUGCGGAAGAGCGACCCGCUCUAGAGCUAGUAAGCUUAGGCUCUUCAUCUCAGAGUCAGGAUGAAGGUGGGCAGUUGGUCAGCGCUCAAUACAUACCUGGACACAAGCAGACGGUGAAACUGCGCAAGGGUGGGAAGAACGUGAAGGUCGUCAAGGUGAAGAGUGCCUCGCUGAAAUCCAGGACGCACGCCGAUCUGCUUCCCGAGGUGGGACGGGAGAAGCAGAGGACGGGGCUAAAGAAGUGUCGCUUCCCCGAGGAUGUAUCCAACCCUCCGAGAUCCUCUAAGAAGACGUCCUCCUCUCGAAUGAAGAGGAUCCCAGCCUCGAUCCCAGAGGGUCGCAUAGUGGACAAACACUCACAAGCAACUGCAGGGAAACUACCUGUGACCAAGCACCAUACACAUGGACGUGAUGUGGUGCUAGCAAAGCCCAAGUACAAAAGGAGCGACUACCGAAGGCUGAAGUCUAUAACGGAGGUACCGUAUGAGGAAGCCAUAAGGAGAGCGCGACGGCGGCAGAAGCGGGCGAUUUUGGGCCACGUCCCCGCUAUGUAUGUGCCAUCUGACGUGCAGUACCCCAGCCCGUACUCAUACGUAGGCAGCGACUCGGAAUAUUCGGCGGAAUGUGCCAGUUUAUUCCAUUCCACGAUUCUGGACACGAGUGAGGAUGAACGCAGCAACUACACCACCAACUGCUUUGGAGACAGCGAGUCUAGCCUCAGUGAGGUGGACUUUGUGGGGGAGAGUACAACAACCAGUGACUCGGAGGAGAGUGGGGGCAUGAACUGGCCUCAGUUUGGCCAAGCCGCCGGACCCAUUCUUGGCCAGGAGAUGACCGCGGCCCAGGCUAAGGCUUUUGUCAAAAUAAAGGCAUCUCACAAUCUAAAGAGGAAGAUCCUCCGCUUUCGAUCUGGGUCUUUGAAACUGAUGACUACCGUCUGAAAAACCUGUGUCCCAGUAGCCAAUGAAAUUGGUUCAUCUCCUCUCCACAAGUGCCUUGGCUGUUUUAGGCUCAUUGCGUGUAACUGUCCCAGCGACUGUUAAUAGAAAUAAAAUAGUGAUACAAUGAUUUGCAAAUUGUAUCUGUAACCUCCUUAAACCUGCACUUUCUAGAUAAAAUCAUACAAUUUGCACACUGUACAAAUAGUCAGUGUCGCCCAGUUAUUGUAUGAAGCCAUUUUUAAAAUAUUUAUUAUUGACGGUACGUUUAUUAUUGGUGGUGCUAUCUACUUGGUACCAUUUUAUAAAUGUGUCAUUGACAAUGGUUUACUUUGCUAAAAAAUAUUUAAACUUAAUAUAUUUCAAUUAGUCCAACAUCAAAUGAGGAAGUAGCUAUAAAUUGAUUAUCAAUGCAGAUCUUUAAGGGAAUGGGAAGCACCCCUCCUUUGAAAAGACGCAGUCUGUUUCUGAAUUGAGUCUUGGGACAAACUUAAAGACCAUUGCUGAUAUCAUGGUGCUUUUUUUUAAUUAUUUGUGCACAUAAUGUAUGCAUGACCAACUGCUUUAUCCUUCAGUUUUCUAUUGAUGCCAAAUAGCUGUAAAUAGCUUUUUUGUAUAUAGAUUCUUGUAUGUAUUCUGUUAAUGCUGGUGCGCUAUGUUUUUUUGCUGAAAUAAAUGUCUGAUUAAAAACAA